AUUACAGGGUGUCAUACAGAAUUUUGAAGUAGAGGGGGGGAAUAAAGACACACGGAGUGUGUCGCCGGCUAGGGGAACCCAGGGGUAUGCCCUCUGAAAAUUGUUGUUAAUUAGGUGGUCUUAGGGGAUUUCUGGUGAGUUUUGUGGUCGUACUUGAAUGUAACUUUUAGGAGGGCGAAUUUUGAGCCAGAGGGGGAUAUCCUCUUUCCCCUGUUUGACACCCUGCUCAUAUAACAUCACUCAAUGCCAUAGUUUAACCAUGCGUAUACGUGUAUUUUCUCAUACUAGAUGCAACUUCUCUGUAGAAUAAACCAGCUGUAGCGCACCAACUGCCCUAACCCUAACAGUGCAUGAUCUCCCACUUUCCAUAGUAGUCAUAGACUUGGAGGUGCCAUUAAAAUUAGAUUCAUCAUGCAGUGGCUAUGUGGGUGGUUAACAUAUGUGUGAUUUAGUAAUAUCUGGGUGUAGAAUUUCCAAAUUACAUUUUGUUCUAAGAAUAGAAUUCGAUUGUCUGCAUUUCAGUAGUCUAUCAGAUCUAGAUCAACCAAACACAAGUAAAUGGUUAACUCCAGAAAACUAUAAUCUUAUCAUGAAGAUUCUUGCCACUUUUCUGGCACUACUGCCUCUUCUUCAAGCAAAGCCGAUGGAUGUAUUCAAGGAGCGUACUCUUACCGACUUACUCACAGCGAUCAUGCAGGAAGAGAGUAUGGCCCAGGACACUAACGAAGCUGUCGAUCAGGGGAUAGUCGAUACUCGACAGUACCCCCGCCCGUUGGCUGAAAUGCAGAGCUUCAGUCUAGAAGUGACCAACUGUGAUGAAAUCACCAAAGAAAUCCAAAAGAGUGUGGCUUCCUAUCUUAGAAAUUUUGUCACAAGAAAAGUUACUCUCUCUUGCAGUGGACCUAAACCAGCUGGUGCCGGAGUGACUUUCACCAGGUGGGGCCAUGAUUCCUGUCCAACUGUCGAUGGAACUACACUGGUUUACACGGGACGAGUAGCCGGAGCAUACUACAAUCAGAGAGGAGGGGGUUCUAACUAUCUCUGCCUGCCUAACGAUCCGGAAUAUGACGAGAUCAAAACUAUCUAUCCAAGUGAUUACUCUCGAAUAUAUGGAACAGAAUAUGAACUCCCAAUUACUGGUAAACAUGACCACGAUGCACCAUGUGCUGUGUGCUAUGAUUCUGUUCGAAGCAGUGAGCUAAUGAUUCCUGCAAAGACAAGGUGCCCUGCCAGCUGGACUAGAGAGUAUUAUGGUUACCUAAUGUCGGAAGCUAAUUAUGGAGAUCGAUCUCGUGGCCAAUAUGUGUGUGUGGAUAAAGACCAAGUGUCCCUUCCUGGGUCGAUUUCUAACUUAAAUGGAGCUUUGCUCUACCAUGUUCGAGCCACUUGCCAUGGCAUUCAGUGCCCUGCUUACGACUCAGGAAAAGCAUUGACCUGUGUUGUGUGCUCUAAGUGACAGCAUUCUUUUCCAGCAAUUAGUAUCAUGGUUGUUGUGAUAUAGUGGCUAUGGUCGUAUAUAUAGUACAGAAAAUGUAUAUAUUUGAUACUUUAAUUGUUCUGAACAGUGUAUUGAUAUAGUGUUCCUAAUUGUAGUGAUACAAACUUGUUGUUGUUUUUUCAGUUAAUCGAAUUCUGCUCUUGUUAA